CACACACACACACACACACACACACACACACACACACACACACACACACACACACACACACACACACACACAGAUACGAUGCGUGUAAAUUUUGCCCAUCUAGGAUCUACACACACAGAUAUGAAACCAGGUAAGGAGAACGCGAUGCCUCCUCCCAUUGGUGGAGCUGAUCACAUGACCUGUGCUCCCUCCCACACACCUUUAUGCCCAGCUCGCUCCACCUUGGAUACUCAGAAGACUCCCGCAGUAGGUGUCAGGUGUCAAGGUUUCAUGAGAACGAGUGACUCACCAGAAGGGCUGAAAGAUGGCAGAGAUGGAGAGUGGCGGUCCGUUUAACCGCGGCGGCUGGGCCUCCCAGUCUCUCCGGGUGACGGCCCGGGAGCUGUCUCUGGUCAGCGGCCGCGGGCGGAGCAACGCCAUGGUGGAGCGCUUCUCCAGAUAUCAGAAGGCUGCCGAGGAGUCCAACGCUGAGAAGAAAAAACCCUUUGUGAGCUCCAAGCCGGCGGUGAAGUCCGGAGGCCUGAGCGUGUUGAAGAAGCGCUGGGAGCAGGAAGGACCUCCUCCUCUUCGUGGCAAGCCCUCUCUCCUUCCCCCGAGGCCGAGACCUCUCUCGAUCCCGGUUCCUGCUGCCCUGCCCAAGCCCACUCCCACCGCUCCCACCACUCCCAGCCCUCCGCAGUCCCAGUCCCCGGGACCAGUGAGUCCUCAGGACAGCCUGGAGACAGUCAGCCGCUCCCAGCUCUCGACGGCAGCCGCCCCGACCGCCGCCGCCGUGAAGGAACGGAGGAACGGGAUUGAGAAGGUGGAGAAGGUGGAGAAGCUGGAGCGCAGACCCAGUGAGAGCUCAGAGAAGGUGGAGAAGGUGGAGAAGCUGGAGCGCAGACCCAGCGAGAGCUCAGAGAGGGUGAAGAAGAUGGAGAAGCUGGAGCGCAGACCCAGCGAGAGCUCGGAGAAGGUGGAGGAGAUGGAGAAGGUGGAGCGCAGACCCAGCGAGAGCUCGGAGAAGGUGGAGGAGAUGGAGAAGGUGGAGCGCAGACCCAGCGAGAGCUCGGAGAAGGUGGAGGAGAUGGAGAAGGUGGAGCGCAGACCCAGCGAGAGCUCGGAGAAGGUGGAGGAGGUGGAGGAGCAGGCGGUGUCCAGCCCCACGCCCUCAGAGGAGAAAACUAGUUUGGCCCUCAACAAUCUGAAGAUGAAGUUUGAAAAGGGCGAAACCAAGGGGCCCAGGGGGGCGCGGAGGACCUCCACCGAGGACAUGGACCAGCCCAGGGCCAUCGGGGUCUCAGCUCGGGGGAAGGAGGCUCCGUCCCUGAAGGACAAAAUGGCCAAGUACCAGGCGGCCAUCUCCAAACAGGGCCUCUCCAAAGCCGGCCAGGCCACAGAGACAACAAUUCACAAAGUGUCUCCGCUUCAAAAAAGUGCAUUUGGCUGCAAUGGAGACGGGGACCAGGCUAAGGUGUCCAGGAAGUUCUGCCCGGCGGUGAGAGAGACGUGCAUCGCGUGUCUGAAGGCCGUGUACCCCCUGGAGAAGCUGGUGGCGGACCUCCACGUCUACCACAAGACCUGCUUCCGCUGCGUCCACUGCAGCAUGAAGCUCAGCCUGGGGAGCUACGCCUCUCUCCACGGCAACGUCUACUGCAAGCCCCACUUCAGCCAGCUGUUCAAGGCCAAGGGCAACUACGACGAGGGCUUCGGCCACCGGCCCCACAAGGAGCUGUGGGCCCCCAAGGCCGACGGCGAGGGCGAGGGCGAGCCCGCCCGACAGCGGGACCCCGAGGAGACGCCCGCCCCCCGCCCCGCCCCGACCGCCGCCGCCGCAGACGACCGGGAGGACCAGAGCGUGGAGGACGCCCCCCAGGUCAAGGUGACGGACCUGACGGCCCGCCUGGAGACCGGCGGCCACGCCCAGCCCGGCGCCGCCGCCGAGAAGCGCUUCCCCUCGGAGAAGCCCGCCGAGACGCGGCGGCUGCGGAUCGCCUGGCCGCCGCCCGGCCUCGAGGACCCGCCCGCCGGCGGGGCCCCCAGGAAGCUCCUCCCCCCCACCGACGCCGAGGGCGUGGUCGGCGCAGGGGCGGGGCGGCCCUGGAGGUCCAAGUGGCCCCCGGAGGGCGAGGGCGUGGCCCCCGACCCCAGCGGGGACCGGGCGGAGCUGAAGAGCCUGAGGAGGAGCUCCUCGCUGAAGGAGCGCUGCCGGCCCUUCACAGUGGCCCCGCGGCUCCGGGAGGAGGGGCCCCUCAAGGCCCUGCAGGAGCGCCGGGGCUCCCUGGAGAACCGGCCCCCGUCCGGGGCGCGGGAGGAAGAGGAGGAGGAGGAGGAGGAGGAGGAGGAGGGGAGAGGGAGGAAGGCCCGCGCGCCGCCCAGAGAGGACGUGGCGAGCGGGAGGGCCUCGCUGGGGGAGGAGGCCCCCGCCUCGGUGGAAAGAGAUCCGGAGCCAGCGGCCCGGCCCGCCAGCCCCGACGGCUCCCCGGGCUCCUCGCCACCCCCCUCCCCGGCCCCCCGGCCCGACCCCGACCGCAGCUCGCAGGAUGUGGGCUUCUGGGAGCCGGAGCAGGAGCAGGAGGCGGACGGGGCCGAGGAGGAGCUGAGCGUGGAGGAUGAGAUCAAGAGGAAUCGUUAUUAUGAGGACGAGGAGGACGAUUAGGAGGGAGAGGGGAGCGCGGUUUGGGUCGGCGGCCGCUGCGGCGGAUGGUUUCUACGGUUACGUGUCGUUCGGUGUCUCGGCACGCUGGAGCUCCGGCCAUGUAGGGGAAUGCCUGCCUGGCAGCGGGGGGGGGGGGGGGGGGGGGCGGGGGAUCUCGCUCUGUGGUUCUUCUCUUCUUCUGCAGCCCACUUUCCCUUACUCUUUAACUGUUCUGCCCGUAGAGGGACCAAAAGACUAUCGAAUAUAUUGUCAACAAAAAAUGAAAGUUGCUUUUAAACCCCCUUUUUUUGAGCCUUGAUUUUCCAUGAUGAUUGUAUGUUAUUAUGGGCAGAUACGUAAUAACACAGUGAUUCAAACUAGCAAUUAGUGCUCCUCUUUCUGCCUCCUGUUUCUGAAUAUGUGAUGUGCCUUCAUGAUUGAAUGUGCUGCAGGCCUCCAGAGAGGAUCGUAUCUCCGCACACGUCUGCUGGAAAACCUCCUGGCCGUCUGAAGCAGGCUCCAAACUAAUAACACACUUCUAUAUAAAAGCAAGAGGUCGGAUUUCUGAUCCAUUUGCCAAGAGCACAGGUUAAACUAACAAUCUAAACAGGAUAUUUAAUGAACGUAAUAUUAGUCAUUAAAACAAAUGUCACGCUGUUUUCUCAGCCUUUUUUGUUAUUUAUGAUCAACAAGGGAGAAUAUUAAAAUGCACGCAUUCUCCAUCUGAUUUCCUUCUGCAGUGCGAUAUCUCAACGGCUUGAACAAGCACCAUCUAUACAAACUCUUUGCAAGAUUUAUUCAAUGUUAAUAUGCAUAACCAAAUAUACAUUGAUGCCUUCAGAAGCAGCAUGGCUCUAUGCAGAACCGCGCGUUCUAGAUCUGCUCCAUGCAGAACCGUGAUUACUAGAUCUGCAUGUGGACUCAGGAACACACUGAAGGUAUGUUCAGCCAUUCCAAAACAGUCUUCUUCAUCUCCAAUCUUCAGGUUGAAAUGUCAGUAAAAUGGUGACGGUAAAUGUUAAUUAGUCUCUACUCAUGUUUUAUACAUUUUUACAAAUGACCAAACAUGUUUUGCAUUGUGUUUUUGUGCAAAUAGAAGUUUGACAAUUGCAAUAAAUGUAUUUAUACAGUA